AUGAAGUUGCUGGCAUCUCCCAAUAUCUCACGAAGGUCUCUGUUUAUGAUAAGAGUGAACAAGCGGUUUUUGUGCUUCUGGUGUAAUGAAGGCGUAGGAUAUGAUGAAUCGGUGCCUGUACCGCAAGCUUUACUUGAUGCAAUAGGUCAGACACACAGAUUCAUUGUGAAGGUGUCGGAUCAUAAUUUGACCGGGAAAAUACAAGCCAUAACUGCCACGAAGAUACUCCCACCAGAAACUCCACAACCUGUAGCAGACUUGGAAGAUGAAGCUAUUUCAGCGGCUACCAGUAAUGUUUUGAUGACUGGUAGUGAGGAAUCUGGUCCUUCCAGUGGUGUUGAGGAUUCUGGUGGUGAUAGAAUUCGAAAAGCAUCUGAGAGUCUUGGCACAGAGGAAUCCAAGCGUUACAAGAAUUGCUAA